AUGGACCGGCAUGACGGCCACCACGGCCUGCAACCCGGCGACCGCGAGGAUGGCGCGGGCCUGGACAACGUGCCUUCUGUCGCACACAGGGUCCGCGCAGCGGCCGGUGGGGGAGGAGCAGUGCAAGGGGAACGUGGGGUGAACGUUGCGCUGGGUGCUGUGGGACCCACUCUGGAACAGGAGUUCGGCUCGAUCCGCUGUGGAGAAGGGGAGUGUUUGCGACAGUGCAUCUACCCUUUGGGCUCUAAGUCCCUCGCACACUUACUCUCUCCUGACCCGGAAGAUUGCCACACUCCAAAUAAGCCUCGCAAAAGGAAGGUCUCCGCAGCCAGCUGUGAAGACUCGCCUCCGCUAGCAGAUUCCAAAAGGGCUAAGCACCACAUCGUCACUGGUGGCGAGCGGCCCUUGAGCCGUGAACUCGGUGGAGAGGGUUCUGAUGGGGCCUCAUCGGGCUCACCUGCCUCACCACGAGGCGGCCCACAGGUUCCCGGCGGGACAGCUGACGCCGUGCAGCGUUUGCAGGCUGCCGUCGGUGACUCUGCGGGGGAGGAUGCUGCAGCUGACGUCUCUGGAACCAGGGGGACGGCCCCGGAAAGUGAAGGCCGCGCCUUGGAACUGGAGCUGCCAUCGGAGCGCAGCAGCCUGUCCUUUGGCCCGACUGCCUGUGUCCAGUGGAAGAACGCGUAUUCUCUCUGUUGGUUGGACUGUAUCCUGUCCACGCUGGUGCACUUGGAAGGGUUAAGAACCGCAGUGGCUAAGCUGGACUCUAAGGAGGAAUCCAUAUUCUGGCGGCUGCUCACAAAGUACGAGGAAGCCAAUGGGCUGCUGUCUGCCAGUCAGUUGGAUGGAGGAAGUUGGCUUGAAUGCGAUGACUUGAAAGGCCCGUGUGCUGAACGCCGCGAGAAACUGGAGGUUCCUGCCUCUGAGAUUCACAUUGUUAUCUGGGAAAGAAAGGCAUCUCCCGUGAUAGACGAAGCGGCUGCCAGCUUUCCACUUAGAAAGACGAACGAUCAGUGUGCUUCCGGCCGUCAGGAGCCAGUGUUCCCAGCACCGUGCUCUGUGGGCAGCACCCCCUCGGCAGCGGGGCCCCCGGUCACUCGGCCCCCUGACCCAGCUGCUCUUUCCACUGCUCUUCCCCAAGAAGCCACAGCUGUCAGGGAUUGCGUACUCCCAGACCCCCAAGCUUUGGGUGACAGUAAUGUUUUGCCUUUGACGCUUGAAGAAAUGCCAGUUGACCCUGGGGGUUUCCCACUGGAAGGAAAGCCUGUGACAGGAAACAACGGUGGUGUCGAAACAGACGCUUUGCCAUCGCAGGACCCACUCACGGAUGUUCUCAUGUCCCCUCCACGAACUGAGAAGCUCAUCCAAGGCCACGUUGCAGACGUCAGGUUUGCGUCUCAGGUCACCCAAGCAAGCAUGCCGGCAGCACAGCUGAACACGGGAGGUGCCCUCGUCACUGAACCUGCGAGUAGUGGUCGUGCUGCUGAUCUUACCCAGGGAGCACAGUCUGUGAAAACGGAGUCGACGCCUCAGUUAAGACCACUUCUGUCGCCAAAAACAGAGAGAUUAAAGCCAGAACAACACGCUAAAUCGCAGGUGCCUGAUUCGAAGAAAAAGCAAGCGGCCACCUGUUGGCCAGGCCCAGCCACUAGGUCGGCACCGGCCCCGGCCCCGUCUCUGACAGCAAACGAGAAGAAACCAUUUGUCGGAAGUUGGGUGAAAGGCCUGCUCAGCAAGGGGGCUUCUUUUAUGCCUCCUUGUGUCUCCGCUCACACGAGAAACAGCGUCGCUGACUUGCAGCCUUCGGCGAAGGGGGCAAAUAAUUUUGGUGGCUUUAAAACGAAAGGUGCUAACCACAGGGCUAACCGGGCAUCCAGGAAAUCACGGAAGAAUGCGAGUAAGCCGCCGCUGGUUCGUGAUCCCCCACCAAGUCGUGUGUCGUCAGACAGCCCGGCUUCUCGUCUGCUGGCUGACGGCAACGCCAUCUCGCAAGUUCUCAAGACGCGUGAGAACACCUCUCCCCGAGCUCCCCUCAGUGACGCUUCUCCUGGAGCCUGGAACGGUGUCCCCUCAGGGAGCCUCGGGGACUCAGUUGACGGCCAGGUUCAUCAGCUCCGACUGAAACUCCUUAAAAAACUCAAAGCAAAAAAGAGGAAGCUAGCCGCUCUCAUGGCUUCCCCCCAGCACGGAACGCUUCCGAGCGAAAACGGGGAAGACGCUUCCCACUGUGGCUCCCCCAGCGACAGUGAGUCCAUAGAGCACCUGUUACGGGAGCUGCAGCACCAGAUUGACAUCGCAGACGCCAGACGCGGGUGUGCUGCGGUCCCCGGCACGCCCCCGUGCGGCGGCCAGACUCAGGAAGACAUCCUGGCAGAACUGCUGUCCCCGGCAGCCGUGGUCCCCCCGGGGCUUUCAGAGCCCGGCGAAGCAGCCGACUUCCGGGAUUUAGAGGCGGGAGCCCCCCCGAGUCCAGCCCCUGCCCCCAGCGGGUUGAGCUCUGUUCCCCAGGACACACACCCGAGCUGGGAGCACGACUAUUGCAGUCCCACCAAGAAGAGCCAAGGUGAAGUUCAGGCCGACUCACCCACAGAUAGUUCCUGCCUUAGAACGUUGAGCUUGGAGAAUUCCAUCAAGACUGAUCUUUUCGAUGAAUUUUUUUCUACUUCCGCGUUGAAUUCCUUCACAAAUGAUUCAUUAGACUUACCUCAUUUUGAUGAGUAUCUGUUUGAGAGUUGCUGA